UGGAACCACCAAUCAUGAAUGAUACUGGAUUUAAAAUUGUUUCCUCAGUCACGAAUAGCAUAAUGCAAGAAAUUCAUUGCGCGUCCCUUUGUCGUUUUCUUUAGAAUAUGCCCUUAUCUUCAUAUAAGCUCGAAACCACGCUUUCAGCACACUCUCAAGACGUUAAAGCAGUAGCCGCUGUUUCAAAUGAUAUUGUCGUGUCUGCUUCUCGCGACAAGACAGUACGUUCUUGGACCCGUACAAGUGCCAAUACCUUCUCACCCCAAAAUGUCUACUUGGGACAUGACCAUUUUGUUAAUGCGCUUACUAUCUUGCAGCCUAACCCUUCUUUUCCAAAUGGUAACUAUAUAUUAUGCAUUUUAUCUAAUGGAUUAAUAUCUUCAUAUAGGUCUCAUUGUAUCCAGUGGCUCAGACAAAUUUAUCAAUGUCUAUGAUCCUAGCCAUCCACAAGAACCACGCUAUACACUUGUUGGACAUACUGAGAAUGUCAGUACUUUAACUACAACUCCUUCAGGCUAUAUCGUUUCUGGUUCUUGGGACAACAAAGCCAUUGUAUGGAAGGAAUUUCAACAAGCUUAUGUGCUUGAAGGCCAUACAGCUGC